AUGGAGACAAUGAAUUUAAUCAUCCAACAGAAUGGCGCCAGCUUUAAUGCCAUCAUGCCACUUUUACAAAAACUCGAAAGUGACAAAUUAUCUACCUCAUUGGAGAAAGCUACUGAAAAGGCUAUUAAAAAAAUUUUUGAUACUUAUAAGACUACUGAAGAGCUUUUGGAUUACUCAAAAAAACAAAUUAAAGAACUUCAGCUUAAACAAGACGAUGAAUUUGCACGAUUGCUAGAUUUCGCGUAUAAAAACUGA